AUGUUGGAAGGAAAAGGUAUUGUGGAAGAAACAGACAUGCCUUUGAAGAUGCAAACUCAAGCCAUGUCAUAUGCUUCUCAAGCUCUUGAUCUCUAUGAUGUUCGUGAUUGUAGGUCAAUUGCUUCCCACAUCAAGAAGGGGUUUGAUAAGAUGUAUGGAAGUGGGUGGCAAUGUGUAGUAGGUUCUAAUUUUGGGUGUUUUUUUACUCAUACACCAGAGACUUUCAUUUAUUUUUCUCUUGAGACUCUUAAAUUUCUUAUAUUUAAGGGAGCCUCCUCUUGA